AUGGCCAACCCGCACCCGGGCGGCUACGAGGAUGGCUACGGCCAUCCCGGCGCCGAACAUGCCGCGGAUGGCUACUAUCACGACGAUCAGGCCUACUACGACCAGGCAGGCUACGGUCACGGCCAGCAAGAUGGUUUUUACGAUGACAAUGGAUACUAUCAGGCCGGCCAGGAUGGUUACCAAGACGGCUACUACGACGCUGGAGCUCACGGCUACCAAGACGAAUAUUACAAUGACCAGUAUUACGACCAAGGAGCUCCCGCUGCGGGCCAGUACCAGCAACAAGGUCGCGGCUACGCCCAACCAAAGGGCCGUCGCCGGGGUCACGACUCCGAAGAGGACUCGGAGACCUUCAGCGACUUUACAAUGAGGUCCGACAUGGCCCGCGCUGCUGAGAUGGACUACUACGGCCGUGGCGAUGAACGAUACAACUCAUAUGGCGAAGGUCAAGGCCGCGGAUACCGACCUCCUUCAUCGCAGGUCUCCUACGGUGGCAAUCGCUCGUCGGGUGCGUCUACUCCAGUCUACGGCAUGGACUACACAAGUGCUUUGCCAGCUGGGCAAAGGUCUAGGGAGCCAUACCCAGCUUGGACUUCGGAUGCACAGAUUCCUCUCUCCAAGGAGGAGAUCGAAGACAUCUUCCUCGAUCUGACGGCCAAGUUCGGAUUCCAGCGUGACAGCAUGCGCAACAUGUUCGAUCAUCUGAUGACCCUCCUCGACUCCCGUGCCUCGCGUAUGUCGCCAAAUCAAGCUCUUCUCUCCUUGCACGCCGAUUACAUUGGUGGCGAGAACGCCAACUACAGGAGAUGGUACUUUGCGGCACAUCUCGAUCUCGACGACGCUGUUGGAUUCGCCAACAUGAAGCUCGGAAAGGCGAAUCGAGCCACCAGAAAGGCUCGUAAGGCGGCCAAGAAGAAGCAGGCAGAUACCAACCCACAGAAUGAAGAGCAGACCCUGGAGAGCCUGGAAGGCGACAACAGUCUUGAGGCCGCGGAAUACCGAUGGAAGACGCGCAUGAACCGCAUGUCCCAGCACGACCGAGUGCGCCAGAUUGCGCUCUACCUACUCUGCUGGGGUGAGGCCAACCAGGUCCGUUACAUGCCCGAGAUUCUGUGCUUCCUCUUCAAGUGCGCAGACGACUACUACCACUCGCCCGCUUGCCAGAACCGCGUUGAGCCGGUCGAGGAGUUCACAUACCUGAACGACUGCGUCACGCCCAUCUACAAUUACUGCAGAGAUCAGGGUUACGAGAUCUUCGAGGGCAAAUAUGUCCGCAAAGAGCGCGAUCACCAAAAGAUCAUCGGAUACGACGACAUGAACCAGCUUUUCUGGUAUCCUGAGGGUAUCGAGCGCAUCGCUUUCGAGGAUAAGACCCGACUGGUGGACCUGCCACCCGCCGAGCGAUACGAGCGCUUGAAGGACGUUGUCUGGAAGAAGGCCUUCUUCAAGACGUACAAGGAGACGCGUUCUUGGUUCCAUAUGUUGACGAACUUCAACCGCAUCUGGAUCAUCCACGUCUGUGUCUUCUGGUUCUACACUGCCUUCAACUCCCCGACGCUCUACACCAAGAACUACCAGCAGCAGCUUAACAAUCAGCCGCAUGGAUCCGCCCACUGGUCCGCAGUGGCUCUUGGUGGAACGCUCGGUUGCUUGAUCCAAAUCCUCGCCACUCUGGCUGAAUGGUUGUAUGUUCCUCGACGAUGGGCUGGCGCCCAGCACUUGACCAAGCGCCUUUUCGCGCUGCUUGGUCUGUUCGUCCUCAACAUCGCACCCUCGGUCUACAUCUUCGGAAUCUCUGGCGCUCAGACAACCAAGGUUGGACUCAUCUUGGGUGUUGUUCAGUUCCUCAUUGCCUUGGCCUCUGUGUUCUUCUUCGCCAUCAUGCCCCUUGGUGGUCUCUUCGGAAGCUACCUCAACGGCAAGCGAAGACAGUACGUUGCCAGCCAGACCUUUACCGCCAGCUACCCGCGCCUCCGAGGCAACGAUAUGUGGAUGUCAUACGGUCUCUGGGUCCUUGUCUUUGCUGCAAAGCUUGCUGAAUCCUACUUCUUCUUGACUCUGUCGCUCCGUGAUCCUAUCCGUAUCCUGUCGACAAUGAAGAUCGAAAACUGCUUGGGAGACGCGAUUCUGAAGACUGCGCUCUGCUACCACCAGCCGACUGUCCUGCUCAUCUUGAUGUACUUCACGGACCUGAUUCUGUUCUUUUUGGAUACCUAUCUAUGGUACGUCAUCUGGAACUGCGUCUUCUCCGUGGCCAGGUCGUUCUACCUUGGUGUUUCUAUCUGGACGCCAUGGAGAAACAUCUUCUCCCGCCUCCCAAAGCGUGUCUACUCCAAGAUCCUGGCUACCACGGACAUGGAGAUCAAGUACAAGCCAAAGGUACUCAUCUCCCAGAUCUGGAACGCCAUUGUCAUCUCCAUGUACCGUGAGCACCUUCUCGCCAUCGACCACGUUCAGAAGCUGCUCUACCACCAGGUCCCGUCUGAGCAGGAGGGAAAGCGUACUCUCCGUGCCCCGACGUUCUUCGUGUCUCAGGAAGAUCAUUCUUUCAAGACGGAGUUCUUCCCAUCGUACUCGGAGGCCGAGCGCCGCAUCUCUUUCUUCGCUCAGUCGCUGUCGACACCAAUUCCAGAGCCACUGCCGGUUGACAACAUGCCCACCUUCACGGUCAUGAUUCCUCACUACAGCGAGAAGAUUCUGCUGUCUCUCCGUGAGAUCAUUCGCGAAGACGAGCCAUACUCUCGCGUCACCAUGUUGGAGUACCUGAAGCAGCUUCACCCUCACGAGUGGGACUGCUUCGUCAAGGACACAAAGAUUCUGGCCGACGAGACCUCCCAGUUCAACGGGGACUACGAGAAGAGCGAGAAGGAUGCACAGAAGAGUAAGAUCGACGACCUGCCGUUCUACUGCAUUGGUUUCAAAUCUGCUGCUCCCGAAUACACCCUCCGCACGCGUAUCUGGGCCUCCCUGCGCUCGCAGACUCUGUACCGCACAAUCUCUGGUUUCAUGAACUACAGCCGUGCCAUCAAGCUCCUCUACCGUGUCGAGAACCCAGAGGUUGUCCAGAUGUUCGGUGGCAAUUCUGACAAGCUUGAGCGCGAGCUUGAACGCAUGGCUCGCCGCAAGUUCAAGAUCGUUGUCUCCAUGCAGCGUUACGCCAAGUUCUCCAAGGAGGAGCGCGAGAACGCUGAGUUCUUGCUCCGUGCCUAUCCUGAUCUGCAGAUUGCCUACCUGGACGAAGAACCUCCUGCGAACGAUGGCGAAGACCCGAGACUUUUCUCUGCCCUCAUCGACGGCCACUCGGAGAUCAUGGAGAACGGCAUGCGUCGCCCCAAGUUCCGCAUCAUGCUUUCUGGCAACCCAAUUCUCGGUGACGGAAAGUCCGACAACCAGAACCACUGCUUGAUCUUCUACCGCGGAGAGUACAUCCAGCUCAUCGACGCCAACCAGGACAACUAUCUUGAGGAGUGCUUGAAGAUUCGAUCCGUUCUCGCCGAAUUCGAAGAGAUGACGACCGAUAAUGUCUCGCCAUAUACUCCAGGUCUGCCACCAACCAAGUACAACCCAGUUGCCAUUCUCGGUGCCCGUGAAUACAUUUUCUCCGAGAACAUUGGUAUUCUUGGUGACGUUGCUGCCGGAAAGGAACAGACAUUCGGUACCCUCUUCGCUCGUACUCUCGCUCAGAUUGGUGGCAAGCUCCACUACGGUCACCCUGAUUUCCUCAACGGCAUCUUCAUGACCACUCGUGGUGGUGUCUCCAAGGCUCAGAAGGGUCUGCACUUGAACGAGGAUAUCUACGCUGGUAUGAAUGCCAUCCUCCGUGGUGGUCGCAUCAAGCACUGCGAGUACUACCAGUGUGGUAAAGGUCGUGACUUGGGUUUCGGCUCUAUCCUGAACUUCACAACCAAGAUCGGUACCGGUAUGGGAGAACAGAUGUUGUCCCGCGAGUACUACUAUCUCGGAACUCAACUUCCUCUGGACCGCUUCCUGUCGUUCUACUACGCUCAUCCCGGUUUCCACAUCAACAACUUGUUCGUCAUGUUGUCGGUGCAGCUGUUCAUGUGGUGCCUGCUCAAUUUGGGUGCGCUUCGCCACGAGACCAUCACUUGCCGAUACAACAAGAACGUGCCCAUCACGGACCCGCUCUUCCCGACUGGCUGCGCCAACAUUGUCCCUAUCAUGGACUGGGUUCAGCGUUGUAUUGUCUCCAUCUUCAUCGUGUUCUUCAUCUCUUUCGUCCCCCUGACGAUUCAAGAGUUGACUGAACGUGGUUUCUGGCGCGCGGCGACUCGUCUGGCGAAGCACUUUUCUUCACUUUCGCCACUUUUCGAGGUGUUCGUCACUCAGAUCUACGCCUACUCUCUGCAGCAGGAUCUGUCUUUCGGAGGCGCUCGUUACAUCGGUACUGGGCGUGGCUUCGCUACUGCCCGCAUGCCUUUCGGAGUCCUCUACUCGCGUUUCGCCAGCCCAUCGAUCUACCUUGGUGCUCGUCUCCUCAUGAUGUUGCUUUUCGGCACGCUCACCGUCUGGGGUUACUGGCUGCUUUGGUUCUGGGUCUCCCUCCUGGCGCUGUGCAUCUCUCCAUUCUUGUUCAAUCCCCACCAAUUCGCUUGGUCCGAUUUCUUCAUCGACUACCGUGAGUUCCUCCGCUGGCUGUCUCGCGGCAACAGCAAGGCUCACUCGGCAUCCUGGAUUGGUUUCGUGCGUCUCUCGCGUACGCGUCUCACUGGAUUCAAGCGCAAGACACUUGGAGAGCCAUCCGCCAAGCUGUCGGGAGACACGCCGCGGGCGAAGUUCACCAACGUCUUUUUUAGCGAAAUUAUUGGUCCACUCGUCCUCGUUGCUGUUACCCUGAUCCCGUAUCUGUACAUCAACGCUGGUACUGGUGUCAUUCAGUCGAACAACCAAGGCAAGACCGUCAAGGCCACGAACUCUCUGAUCCGUGUCGCAAUUGUGGCUUUCGGUCCCGUUGGUGUCAACGCCGGUGUCGCCGCCGGAUUCUUCGGCAUGGCCUGCUGUAUGGGUCCACUCUUUAGUAUGUGCUGCAAGAAGUUCGGAGCUGUCCUUGCUGCCAUCGCCCACGCCAUCGCUGUCAUUGCGAUGCUGGCAUUCUUUGAGGUCAUGUUCUUCCUGGAAGGCUGGAGCUUUACCAAAGCUCUCCUGGGCAUGAUUGCUUCGGUCGCCAUUCAGCGAUUCGUCUACAAGUUGAUCAUUGCUCUUGCCCUGACCAGAGAAUUCCGCGCCGACACUUCCAACAUAGCAUGGUGGACCGGAAAGUGGUACUCCCUCGGCUGGCACUCGAUUUCGCAGCCUGGACGUGAGUUCCUCUGCAAGAUCACGGAAAUGGGUUUCUUCGCUGCGGACUUCAUCCUCGGCCACAUUCUCCUGUUCUUCCUCCUGCCACCACUCUUGAUCCCAUACAUUGACAAGUUCCACUCUGUCAUGCUCUUCUGGCUUCGCCCAAGGUACGUACACGCAUUCACGUCUUUAUGCUGCUUCUCACUGACUCUUUUCACAGUCGCCAGAUCCGACCUCCCAUCUAUUCCCUCAAGCAGUCGAAGCUUCGCAAGCGACGAGUCGUCCGCUACGCGAUCCUCUACUUCUCCAUGUUUGUGCUGUUCAUCAUUCUCAUCAUCGGGCCUAUCAUUGCAAGCAAACUUGGAAUCAACCCAACGAUCGACAUCAUGCAGCUUCAGCAGCCAUCGAACUGGAACAACAACGACACGACCGCCUCGGAAACCGGUACCGCACUUGCCGGAGUGGCAGUCGCGUCAUCAACAGCAAGCGCAGGCUCGUCGAGACUUGUUAGGAAGAUGUUCUCGUUUGACUCAUAA